AUGCACACAAUCAGCCGUGGGACGAUCAUUCUCGUCAGACGCGAGCAUGCCUACUACACAUCUUCAAGCCUCCUGAUGGUAACAGCGGCAGAUGAGACUGACGAGCAAUGUCUGAACAGCAUACAAGUGCAGGCCGUACCAACUUCAACAAUGACAACUGAGCUCUGCGAUCAUCUCUUGCAGUUUCAGGACGCGGACGACGUCUUGAGGUCGCAUCAUGUGCUUCAGUCACUUGUCACCUCGGCACAAAGGAACGGACCACCAGCUCUGCUCUCGCACUUUGUUGGCGAACAUGACCGAAUCUUCCCUAAUCCUAGCGGCGGUGCCCUGCGUAAAUAUCUUCUCGGCGACAAAUGUCCGAAUCGAUCGUGUCAGGGUGGCUACUGCAUGGGCCGGGAACAGAUCUAUCAAGCUUAUCCAUUUUUGCAAGCUGGCCUCCGGCCAGAUGUGCUGCACUGGUACCUGUCCGAAGUGCGCGAUUGUGCCAUGCUAUGCCUCGCAUGCUAUGGUUUCAAGACUGUGCGCAGCAACGAAAGAAUCGCGAUCGCCUCGUUGAUGAUCGACACGGGAAGACAACAGCCAACAAAUGCGGUAGCACAGAGAAUCGACGAGCAUAGGAAUUACCUUACACAUGUCCUCCGACCCUCGCUUGGACACAAUGCUUCUAAACAUACCCGGAGCGAUGUGCCGCACUUUGCAGGAACUGGCUCCUCGAGGCCAUUCAAUGAAGUUGCGUCAGGCUCCAGUACAGAUGAUCCCGCAUCGCCCAUCAUGAGCAUUUCGCGAGGGGGUCGGAUUCCAGGAACGAAGUCUGAUAUCUCUGCGACACUGGGGCUGGCGCGGGACUCCUCUGGGCAGCUCAAGUAUCUCAAUCCGACCUUGCGAGGUGGCGAUGGCAAUCCUGCACAUCCCAGCCGGAGAAGCACUCAACAGCAGCUUGAGAGUAUCGGUGGCUCGGGCCAAGGUCGCUCUACUCGCACGUCUGCGCGGCCGAUGCAACAGGCCACGAAUCUGACUCCUGCGCAGUUGGCUGGGCGGGCUGCCAGGGCGAGGUACGAUCGACUGCGUGCACAACAAGUCGCCGAGAGUCAAGCAGCAUAUUCCGCCUCGACAGUCAAUCCUACUCCCGGCUCAUCUCGCAAUGCAUCAAGUUCUGCAUCACGUCCCGGGUCAAGUCGUACUCGAUCGUCUGUACACCGGCCACCGAGGGCUGAGGUAGGUCGAUCACGCUCUUCCGCUCCGCCUGCAGCAUUUGUGUACCAAGAAGCAUCGACUCCCAGGCUCUCAGUGGCAGACGGAUCAGCUCCCAGAGCCUCCGUCGCAGAGCCAUCAAUUCCACGCACCGCAUCACACCCUCCGAUACUGCCGCCCGUCACCCAGCCACUGCCUAUAAUACCCGAAGCGCCGCAAUCCCCAAUUCCGGCAUUGACCCUCCGCAGCAGCAGUCCCGGAUGGCAAGAAAUCCCACCAUCCUUACAACAACAAUGGCAAGCAACACAAACCUGGCAGGCAAUCCCACCUAACUUGCAACAACAAUGGCAAGCAACCCCAAACUGGCAACCAAUUCCACUCACCCUGCAACAACAAUGGAACAACGAGUCCGACUGGCAACCCAUCCCUCCCGACAUGGUAGAAGAAAUGCAAAAAGGCAAUCCCACAUAUCCCGCCCGCCAACAAGCCAUUCAAGACAUGGCGAAGUCAAGGUUCAAGAAUUGGAUCAAAAGAAAUCGCAAAAAGGGCGAUGGCAAAUGUCCAGUUUGUUUGUGUUUACUGGGAGACAACGGCGAUGAUACUUACAUUUUGACGACACUCUGCGGACACGAUUUCCACGAGGAAUGUGUGUUGGAGUGGUUUAAGACGAAUGAUGGGUGUCCUGUGUGUAGGAUGAAGCAGGAAUAG